AUGGAUAGUGAAAAGAACUCUUCGCUAAGUUUGACCUGCACUGAUGGUGCUCCUGUCAAAGGAACCAUCGGUCUCGCUAACACUCAUUUGUCCAUUCCCUCGCAGCUCAUUUCCAUGUACCAGCUUGCUCCAAAGAUGGCUCUCUGUUUGCCUUCCACCGAAAAAUCAAAAACUUAUUCUGGUGACCUUUGGAUCGGUAAAGGGGAGUAUUACUAUCUGCCUUACUUAAAAGAUGUUUCUACGAUCUUUGCCUCCACACCUUUGAUUGGCAAUGCCAAGUCCGGUGAGCAUUUUAUCGAUGUGAAGUCCACCAAAUCGGUGGAAAGACCGUUCCAAUACUCCAUGGAGCCACAAAGAUAUGCACUAUUGGCUCCUUACACAGUACUGCAAACUUCCAUUUACAAGGCUCUUCUCACAGCCUUCUCCAGAAACGCCAAGAUGGCUAAAGCUCCCGCCAUGAAGCCUUUUGGUGCUUGCUUCCGCUCUAAUAGAGGACGUGGAGCUCCCGUGAUCGACCUAUUGCUUGUUGGAUAA